AUGGUGCAAGCACUUUGUCGGCAUGUAUCGGAUGAUUCUCCUACUGUUAGGCGCCUCUGUCUAAGAGGGUUUGUCCAGGUUCUCGAGUCCUCAUCCAGGGAAGCGGUUGAACCUGUUCUCCUGAACCUUCCUAUACGGCUUCAGAAUCUCCAAGAGUGCAUGAAUGAGAAGAUACGAGCCAAUGCUUAUGCUGCAUUUGGAGCACUGAGCACUUAUGGAACUGGGCCUCAACGAGACUCUUUUCUUGAGCAGGCUCAUGCUGCUUUCCCACGGAUUGUUUUACAUCUUCAUGAGGAUGAUCUUAGUGUGAGACAAGCUUGCCGAAACACUUUGAAACCCAUUGCUCCCUUGAUGGAAAUUGAUGGAAUAACUGUUGUUUUCAACACUCAUUGGUUUAGUUCGGACCAUCGAGGCGACUAUGAAGACUUUCUUCGAGAACUUGCAAGGCAAUUAACUCAAAAUCUUAAUGCCCGAGUAGAUAGGUACAUGGCAUCAAUAAUACAGAUUUUGGAUGCUGAAAUUUGCAAAAAGCCGAUGUUAAACAUGUAG